AUGUCUGUCGAUGCCCCAGCUGCCCGACACCCUGUCGGGGCCAUCGAAGUUGCGGAAGGGCCUGUCGACGAUUCGGAGUUUGAACCGAUUGAGUGGGAUGCCUCCUCCGCUGAUUCAGCUUCCUUGACGUCCAGUAUCCAUUCUCAUCAGUUCGAGUUUGGACGUCGCUAUCACAAUUAUCGUCAUGGAAGAUACCCACUGCCAAACGACGAGAGAGAGGCAAAUAGGGAGGAUAUGAAGCAUGCGAUGAUGCUUGAACUGACGGAUGGCAAGCUGUUCUACUCCCCGAUUGGAGAAAACCCUCACAAGAUCAUUGAUGUUGGUACCGGCACUGGUAUCUGGGCAAUCGAAGGCAUGUUGACACAACUUUUCGCGGAUGCAUUCCCUGCUGCAGAGAUCUUAGGCAUUGAUCUGUCUCCGAUGCAGCCGACAUGGAUUCCCCCAAACGUCAAAUUUCUUGUUGACGAUGCUGAAGACGACUGGCUCAGCGGCGAUAACUUUGACUUCGUUCAUCUUCGAUAUAUGAUUAGUUUCCUAAAGAAUAUUGAUAAAUUUAUCGGUCAAGCAUACAAUCAUAUGAAGCCUGGGGCCUGGAUUGAGUUUCAAGAGCUUCACAUGUAUCCACACUGUGAUGAUGGUACUGCAGGGGACAAUUGCCAGCUCACUGAGUUCUUUGACAUUGUUGUAUCGUCGUUUCUCCGCUUUGGAGCCAACUUUCACAAGGCAAGAGACUUCAGACAUCACCUUGAAGGGGCAGGUUUCAAGGAAAUUCGUUGCGAAGUCAAGAAGGUGCCCAUCGGAACUUGGGCAAAAGACGAGAUUCUAAGAUUGUGUGGCCUGUAUCUCAAGAAUGCCAUUAAAGACGUCUUACCAGCUAUGCAAAAGCCGUUUGAGGCGAACGGGCUUUCGCCAGUGGAGACGGAGGUUUGGAACGCGAUUGCAAGGAAGGAGAUUGAGGACAACAGCAAGCAUCGAUACUUUAACUUCUACUUCUGGUACGCUCAGAAACCGGAGGAUGCGCCCGAACGGGAUGGUGGACCGGAUUCCUCCGGAGGCGAGGAGGCUUGA